CUUCAAAUCUCUUCACUCACUUUCAAAAUCAACGUUUUGCCAUGGAACCGCAAGAUCAAACAGCUGUUGUGGGUGCCCGCGUAACACUGCCCUGCCGGGUGAUAAACAAACAAGGUACCCUACAAUGGACCAAAGAUGAUUUUGGUCUGGGUACCUCACGAGAUUUGGCCGGCUUUGAACGUUACAGCAUGAUCGGCAGCGAUGAAGAGGGUGAUUAUUCUCUUGAAAUCUAUCCAGUUAUGUUGGACGAUGAUGCCCGCUACCAAUGUCAAGUUAGUCCCGGUCCCGAAGGCCAGCCUGCGGUACGUUCUACCUUUGCCAAAAUAACUGUACUCGUACCACCCGAUGCUCCAAAAAUUGUUCAGGGUGAAGUGAUCUACACAACCGAAGAUCGUAAGGUCGACAUUGAAUGCAUUUCGGUGGGUGGUAAGCCAGCUGCGGAAAUUACCUGGAUAGAUGGUUUUGGCAAUGUCAUCACAGAUAACAUCGAUUAUACCAUUAUACCCAUGCCAGAUCUCAGGAGAUACACGGCCAAGUCUGUUUUACGUUUAACUCCGAAAAAGGAGCACCACAACACCACUUUUACAUGUCAGGCUCAAAAUACCGCAGAUCGUACCUAUCGUUCGGCUAAGAUACGUAUGGAUGUUAAAUAUGCUCCUAAGGUUACUGUAAAUGUCAUUGGUGGUGCUGUGGGUAAUGGUCGCAUAUUGGAACAUUCUCAAGUGCGUCUGGAAUGUAAAUCAGAAGCCAAUCCCAGUGAUGUGCGUUACAAAUGGUAUAUCAAUGAUGAGCCAAUUAGUGGUGGACAAAAACCCGAAAUGAUUAUUCGGAAUGUUACCCGGAAAUUCCAUGAUGCCAUUGUCAAGUGUGAGGUACAAAACUCGAUUGGCAAAAGUGAGGAUAGCGAGACCUUGGAUAUUAGCUAUGGUCCCACCUUCAAAGAGAAACCCAGAUCCAUUGAGGCCGACAUUGGCAGCAUUGUAACACUGAACUGUGAAGUUGAUGGUAAUCCCACACCCGAUAUUGUUUGGAUUCAACAUCCCAUUGAUAGGGUUGUUGGUUCCAGUUCAAAUUUAACCUUUAGCGUUUCGAAUGAAACUGCCGGCCGUUAUUACUGCAAGGCAAAUGUCCCCGGUUAUCCUGAAAUUUCUGCUGAUGCCUAUGUCUAUUUGAAAGGUUCUCCGGCAAUCUCUUCGGCCCGUACCCAAUAUGGUUUGAUGGGUGACACGGCACGCAUUGAAUGCUUUGCUACAUCUGUACCAAGGGCCCGCCAUGUCUCGUGGACAUUUAAUGGUCAUGAAAUUAGUUCAGAAAUGGGUCAUGAUUAUUCCAUACUGGUGGACGCUGUUCCCGGUGGUGUUAAAUCUACGCUGAUCAUUCGUGAUAGUCAGUCUUACCAUUAUGGAAAAUAUAAUUGUACCGUGGUCAAUGAUUAUGGCAAUGAUGUGGCGGAAAUUAAUCUACAGGCUCAAAAAAGUGUCCCUCUCCUGAUGACAAUUGUUGGUGGCAUUUCGGCUGUUGCCCUACUGAUGAUCAUUACUAUUCUGGUCAUUGUCUAUUUCAAGUGUAAAAAACGUUCAAAGCUGCCACCCGCCGAUGUCAUUAGCGAACAUCAAAUUACCAAAAAUGGCGGUGUUGGCUCCUGUAAAAUGGAAGCUGGUGAUCGUACCUCCAAUUAUAGUGAUCUCAAAGUUGACAUUUCCGGUGGCUAUGUACCCUAUGGUGAUUACACGACCCAUUAUAGUCCACCACCUCAAUAUCUGACAACGUGUUCGACCAAAUCGAAUGGUAGCUCUACAAUUAUCCAAAACAAUCAUCAAAAUCACUUACAGCAGCAAAUGCAACAACAACAGCACCAACAAACACUGCCCAUGACAUUUUUAACAAAUGUUAAUGGUAGCAGUAGUUUAGCUGGCAGUAUAAUUACUGCACGUGAUAUACGACAAGAUAAUGGACUUCCUAGCCUGCAGUCGACCACAGCGUCGGUGGUUAGUUCAUCGCCCAAUGGCAGCUGUAGCAAUCAGAGUACAGCAACACAUGUUGUUACCUCGUCGUCGGCAGCCCCAGCAUCGGCUGUUGAUCCACGUUUUAGUGCCAUCUAUGGUAAUCCAUAUUUAAGAUCAUCGAAUUCAUCGCUAUUGCCACCACCCACAGCUGUAUAA